CUCGGUUGACAAGACCCUUCACCACUCCUGUCCCCCUCAUCUCCUAUUCUGUGACAAUGGCUCCAUGGAAGUUUCUGUUUUCUCUGCCACAGGAGACACUGGCACACCUGAAGCCAUGGCCCCUGUCAUUGUGGUUGCCCCGGGCAACAGGAGUGUGGUGGCGGGGUCCAGUGAGGCCACACUGGAAUGCAUAGCCAGUGCCAGGCCCGUGGAGGAGCUGCGCGUGCACUGGAGGAGAAACGGGGUGCGCCUCGCCAGCGGGCUGCACAGCUUCGGCAGGCGCCUGACCAUCAGCACCCCCACCUCGGCGGACACCGGGCUGUACGUGUGCGAGGCCACGCUGCGGGGCAGCGCCUUCCAGCCCGCCAGAGCCCAGGCCUUCCUGUCCGUCGUAGAGCCACCAUAUUUUACAGCCGAGCCCGAGAGUCGGAUCUUAGGUGAAGUAGAAGAAACUGUGGACAUCCCCUGUCGGGCCAUGGGGGCCCCUCUUCCCACCCUCCAGUGGUACAAGGAUGCCGUCCCCAUCGGCAAACUCCAGAACCCUCGGUACCGAGUGCUCCCCAGCGGGGGUCUGCGCAUCCAGAAGCUGCAUCCAGAAGACUCUGGAAUCUUCCAGUGCUUUGCCAGUAAUGAAGGCGGGGAGAUCCAGACAGACACCUACCUGGACGUGACCAAUAUCGCUCCAGUGUUCACCCAGCGUCCUACAGACACCACAGUGACCGAUGGGAUGACUGCUGUUCUGACGUGCGCGGUGUCAGGAGCCCCCAAACCCACCAUCAUGUGGAAGAGAGGAAAUCACAUCCUGGCCAGUGGCUCUGUCCGGAUUCCCCGGUUCAUGCUGCUGGAGUCGGGGGGCCUGCAGAUAACCCCCGUCUUCAUCCAGGACGCCGGCAGCUACACCUGCUAUGCAGCCAACUCGGAGGGCUCCCUGGAGGCGUCAGCGGCACUCACCGUGUGGAAUCGAACAUCCAUCGUUCACCCUCCUGAGGACCGAGUGGUGAUUAAGGGGACCACAGCCACACUGCGCUGCGGAGCCACUCACGACCCCCGGAUUUCUCUCCGCUAUAUCUGGAAGAAGGACGGCGUGGUCAUCACCCCCGCUGGCAACUCUAGAAUUGUGCUGGAGAAGGAUGGGUCCCUCCUGAUUAGCCAGACGUGGUCAGGUGACAUCGGAGACUACACCUGCGAGGUCCUGUCUGAGGGAGGAAACGAUUCCAGAACAGUCCGGCUGGAAGUGAUGGUUCCCAGGGGUUCUGGAGAAGAUGUCAUCGCUGUCUUCUCUUGA